AUGCGCUUCCGAGCCGAGAUCUCGAACCCGUCGCAGUUCGCGCGCCUCAUCUCGUCCCUCUCCCCGCUCGGCAAGUCGGCGACACUCAAGCUCACGGAGGAGACGACGCACUUGAUCUGCAUGCCAACCGGGACGAAGAGCGAUGUGCAGGUCUGGAGCCAGAUCGCCAACGACUCAAUCUUCAACACAUCGACGAUGCGCGUCGAGUCGAACAACAACAACGAGAUCUACCUCCAGCUCUCGCUCGACCACCUCGCCAAGGCUCUCCGUUCCGCAUCGGGCGCAACGCAGGUCACGGCCAAGCUGGCGAAGCGCGGUGGGAACCAGGGCAAAGGCGACGGCGCUUAUCCCGUCCUCUCGCUCGUCAUCGAGUCGUCGAGCCGUCUCGGCAAGCGCCUCGAGAUCACGCAGGACGUUGCGGUCAAGGUGCUCAAGACGGACGACCUGAAAGAGCUCAAGGAGCCGCUGUGUCCUCAACCAGAGGUCAUCGUCAUCCUCCCCGCCCUGCAAAAGCUCCGCACCGUCACCGAGCGCCUCAAGACGAUCUCGUCGCACGUCACGAUCAGUGCCAACAAUCUCGGCGAGUUGCGGCUGCGAGCUGAGGCGGACGAAGCGAAAGUCGAGACUGAAUGGCGAGGCCUGAAGCGGCCGAACGGCGAGUCCAUGACCGCCGAAGUUGACGACCCAGCAGAGUUCUUCUCCGUCACGCUCGACACGAAGAACCUCCUUCGGUUCCUCAACACCUACGCCGUCGCGACAACCACUAUCGCCUGCUUCUGCUCGAACCACUGCGCCAUCUUCUAUGUCUACGUCGGCGAGAGCAAGGAUAAAGUCCAAGGCGGGGUACUGACUUUCUACGUCCCGGCGGUCAAGAUUGACGGGGACGACGAGGACUAG